UCAUUCACUAAUCACUCCACAUUUAUUUUCAUAAAUUUUUCUUUUUUUCAAUGAUGAUGAGUUCGACACUUGAGCACUUUAGCCAUCCCGAGCAUCCCUUGAGAUUAAAAGAGGAUGUUGUUAUCGGAGAGAAUGCUAAAUGCCAUGUCUGCAACAAAUCAGUUAUUGGUUAUCCUACAUAUACUUGCACCAGUCUUGAUGAUAUUGAUUGUCGAAAUUUAUAUCUGCACAAGACUUGUGCGGAACUGCCUGCAACAAUAAAUCAUCACACACAUGACGAACAUCCCCUCACUCUCCUCCUACGUCCCGUUAAUUACAUUUGUAGUGUUUGUGAUCUUGAUGUCAGGUUCGCAUAUGCAUGUGAUACUUGUAACUUUGAUUUGUGCAUCCGUUGUGUAGAAUUACCGACCAAGGUUACUCAUCACAAGCACGAAAGUCACCUCCUCGCUUUCCUGCCAUGCUCGGAUUGCUGUGAUGUUUGCUAUCGCAAUGUGAGGUUCGCUUAUGUAUGUGAUAACUGUGAAUUUAACGUAUGUGUGUCUUGUGCUUUUGAACAGAGAGUGCUUCGUCAUGAUGGCCAUGAGAAGCACAUUUUAACAUUGAUGCCGAGGGAAGCCUUGUUCAAGUGUGAUGCCUGUGGAGAGGAAGCUAAAGACUCUUCAUAUGUAUGCACCACAUGCGAUUUUUGGAUCCAUAAGAGUUGUGCUAUUUCGCCCCUCAUAAUUCCGGAUCCUACACAUCACCAUCACCCUCUGGAGCUUGUAUACUCUAUUCCUGACAUGCAUCGCUACUUUAUACGACGAUGUAACAUCUGCAAACAGACAAUUCAGAAAUACUACUGGGUAUACUAUUGUCACAAAUGCACAUAUUUUGUGCACGUGAAAUGUGCUGGAUUAUAUUUAAAAACUCCAUAUGUAGACUAUGACAUCAUCAGAACAGAUGACACUGGUGAUGAACCUGAUUUGAUACAAUUUCCUUUAUCGGGUGAAGAAUCACUAUUUGAUCUCAUUGUAACCCAGUGUGGCAAGCUCCAAGGUGAGUUUCAAGGUGAAGGCGAUGAUCCCCACAUAAUUGAAGCGCACUGGAGUCAUAAAAGCCAUCCAUUAGAGCAGCUCCAAUUUACUCUUAGUUUGAAUGAUGAUGAUAAUGAUGCUGCUGAUGAUGAUAAAAAAGGGUUGAUAUGUGAUGGGUGCAUUCAACCGAUAACUGUUUCCCAUCCAUCUUACUACGCAUGUAUCCCAUGUGGUUUCUUCCUCCACUCUUUCUGUGCCACUAAGUUACCAAAAGAGUUGUCCACGGGAGCAUCUCCAUUUCAUCCCGAGCAUUCUCUCGUGCUUCGGAAAAGUGAUAGCUUCUGUAGUCUUGUGGCAUGUGGAGCUUGCCGCUACAGCACGAAUGGAUUCUUCUAUUUAUGUGAGACUUGUGAUAUCAAAGUUGAUAUCCGUUGUGCAUUCUUACCCAAUAAGAUAAAACAUGAACUUCACAAGCACCACUCACUUGUCCAACGUCACUUUUAUAAAUCUGAGUGUAGUUUAAGUAGGUACGAAAUUAUUGAUUGUGUGGCCUAUUCAUGCCAAACUUGCAUUGGGUUCCAGGUUCAUAUUUUCUGUGCAUUUUAUCCAGACAGGAUGAACCAAAGAUAUGAUAAUCACCAGGUGACCUUGAGACACCCGCCAUUCUUCUACGAGGGAGUAUUCUACUGUGAAAUAUGUGAAAAACAAGUUAACAAUCAGUGGUGGCUCUAUCAUUGUGGCAAGUGUGAUCAUUCUUUUCACUUCAAUUGCCUCCGUCCCUACGAAAACGUCAAGGUAGGAGGCACCAUUGAAUAUAAUAUCAGCAAUCGACCACACAAACUUGCACUGGUUUUAAAGGGGAGUGCAGACAAGGACUCUCCUCAUUCCUUGUGUUGCAGAUGUGGAACUGUAUAUACUUUUGAAUACUUCUUGGAAUGUGACGGCUGUGGAUUCCGCGUCUGUGUGGAAUGUGCGAAAGAUAUGGAUUCAGUGGAUCAUCAACACCGCACUCCUGUAAAAUAAGAUUCAGUGUUUUAUGAGAGUAAUCAUCUGAGAUCAAGUAUGUUGGUGUGAAAACAGGGAUUUGCAAUCAAUUAUUGCUCAGAGUAUAUAUGUUUACUGCAUGUAAUUUGUGAGUUCCAUCUAUUAUGCAAUGACGUGCAUUAUAAUUGUAAUAAGAAUAAUAUUUCGACUACUAGUUGCCUGAGAAUUGAUUCAUGUAUGCAUGCUUUAUACACAUGAAUUUUCACAUAGC